UGGGUCGGGGCGGGUGUAGUCAAAUAAUAACUAACGGGUUAUACUGUCCCAUCAUCAUGCUUAACGAGUUCGACUUUGCCCUAACCUAACCUACUUCAAUUUCAAAAUCGUGGUGUUUCAAUGUCAUCAUCAUCAUCUGCUGCUGUACCGUCUGGUUCCUUGGUUAUUCUACAAGAACUUAACUCAUCUUCACCCCAUUUUAAGGAUGGGGCGUCCCUUAGGGUUACUGGAAAGUUACAAGAAUAUAAUGUAGAGACAGCCAUUGCUGUUAUUGCUGACGGAGGUGCCACCCUGGCAGUCGACACUCAGCACUUGAGACUCAACCUUCGAGUGGGUUCCCUCUACCAGUUCAUCGGCGAACUCUCCAUUCAACCACAUAACGAGUUUCAGGGGAUAUUGAAAGCAAGAGUGGGUAGAAAUGUAGACGGUAUGGACCUUAAUUUGUACCAACAGUCUCUGAAGCUGUUAAGACAGUUUCAAUCUGAACAAAUCAAUCAUAUGGAGCAGCUGCAAUGAACAAAUCGCCAAACCAAUGUCUGCCCGGUAAGUAUUAUUAUUAUUCCAUAUGGCAUCUGCAAAUUUUCAAUCUGUAAUGAACGUGUUUAUUCUGAUAAAUGAAAUUUCAAUAUAUAAUUUUAAGAAA